GGCGCAGCAGCGAAAGCAUGGCGGCGGCGGCGGCGGCGGGGGCGGCGGAGGGGGGCUUCGGCCAGAUGGGCCUGGACGCGCGGCUCCUGCAGGCGGUGGCCGAGCUGGGCUGGGCGGCGCCGACCCCCAUCCAGGAGAAGGCGGUGCCGCUGGCGCUGGAGGGGAAGGACCUGCUGGCCAGGGCCCGGACGGGCUCCGGGAAGACGGGCGCCUACGCCCUGCCGCUGCUGCAGCGCCUGCUGGCCGCCAAGGGGGCGGCGCUGGUGGCGGAGCAGGCGGUGCGGGCCCUGGUGCUGGUGCCCACCAAGGAGCUGGCCCGGCAGGCGCUGCGGAUGCUUCGGAGGCUGGCCGCCUACUGCGCUCGGGACGUGCGCGCCGUCGACCUGGCCGGCCCGGAGGACCUGAGCGCCCAGAGACCCCUCUUGAUGGAGAAACCAGAUGUGGUGAUAGGAACACCAUCACGGGUUUUGGCACAUCUGCAAAUGCAAAACUUGAGACUGCAGAAUUCGUUAGAAAUUUUGGUGAUAGAUGAAGCUGACUUGCUUUUUUCAUUUGGCUUUGAGGAAGACUUGAAGAAUCUCCUCUGCCAUUUGCCCAAGAUCUACCAGACCUUCAUCAUGUCAGCUACCUUCAACGAGGAUGUGCAGACACUGAAGGAGCUGGUGCUGCACAACCCGGUGACUCUCAGGCUGCAAGAAGCACCCUUGCCGGACAGCUCCCAGCUGAGCCAGUUCCAGAUCAGGUGCGAGACCGAAGAGGAGAAGUUUUUGCUCCUCUAUGCCCUCCUGAAGCUUUCCCUGGUGCGGGGAAAAGUCCUCCUCUUUGUCAACAGGAUCGACCGCUGCUACCGCCUCAAACUCUUCCUGGAGCAGUUUGGGAUCGCUGCCUGUGUCCUCAACUCAGAGCUGCCUGCUCAGUCCCGAUGCCACAUCAUCAGCCAGUUCAAUCGGAGCGUCUACAGUUACAUCAUUGCCACAGAUGAGCAGGACCUGGCAGAACCAGAGGUGACUAGCAAGAAGAAGAAGAAGGGCCCCAAAGGAGAAAAGGGCCAAGAUCAGGAGUACGGGGUCUCCCGAGGCAUCGACUUCCACAACGUGUCCGCGGUCUUCAACUUUGAUUUGCCCCCCUCCUUCGAAUCCUACAUUCACCGAGCGGGCAGGACGGCCCGUGUUCAGAACCCAGGCACAGUGCUGACCUUCGUCCUGCCCUCGGAGAGGCUUCAGCUGGCCAAAAUUGAAGAGGUGCUUACCGCCGAGAGUGCAAGCAAGUGCACCUUGACGCCCUACCAGUUCCGGAUGGGGGAGAUCGAGGGGCUCCGCUACCGCUGUCAGGAUGCCAUGCGGUCGAUCACCAAGCAGGCCAUCAAAGAAGCUCGGCUCCGUGAAAUCAAAGAAGAGCUGCUCAACUCGGAGAAGCUCAAGACGUACUUCGAAGACAAUCCCCGGGAUCUGAACCUGCUGCGCCACGACAAGCCCCUUCACCCGGCCAUCGUGAAGCCCCACCUGCGCAACGUCCCAGAAUACCUGGUGCCUCAGGGUCUGCGACCAGCAGUGCCAGCCCUCGCUGGGAAGCGCAAGCGGCGGAAAUGCCCAGCCUCCACUAGCAAGGGCCAGCGGAACCCCUUGCACAGCUUCAAGAACACCAGGAAGAAGUUUCGGGCCUUGGCCAAGCCCAGAUAAGCCACCGGAGCCCUCGGCUCCCACCAGCCGCAGGAUGCCUGAGAGUGACCAGAGACCGGAGGUUCCCCUUGCCCAGAGGUCAGGAGGGGGCCCUACAGCUGCUCUCGCUCUCUCUCCCCGGUCCCUGGGCUCCUCUUGCCAAACGGCCCCUGGCUCAAUAAAUUGCGAUAGCCAGGACAAAGCCCCCUUUUCAUGGGGCACCUGGUGCCGAUUCCUGACUCCGGCUGCGUCUCUGGGGGGCUCUCGGGGGGGGGGCCCCCAAGGGGGGGGGGGGGGGGGGGGGAGGGCAUCCCGCAAACAACUCGGCCUCGUGGGAAGCAGCGCUGUGAAUUUCCAGGAGCGUUCACAGAGCAGAGGCGGCGUGCGCCCUCUUCGCAUAAAUAAAACCAACCGGCGUGGGGCUGCGGGCGUGACGGUGCGCAAGGGCCGCUCGGGGCCUGUUGCCAGAAAAGGUUCUUCCCAGCAGGCUGGAGCAGCCGGCCCCAGGGCGCCUUGCCAACCAGCAGGCUGGGGUGGCGGCUGGUGGACUCUUGCCCGGGAUGGUGGCUUUAUCAGGCGUCAAGGCCAGGACAGGAUUGUAAACCUUGAAGUGGCAGGAUAAGAGGCUCAGGGUGUCGCCUUUGCGUGGCCUGGCCUGAUGUGACGUUGCACAGGAAGGAUCAGGAGGGCAAUCGGGGCCCCAGAAGUGGGCCCCCCUCCCCCCCGGAGGGCUUUUGCUGGGCUCCACCUUUUGUACAGCCCCCCCCCCAAUUUCACCUAGCAAGGACGGGGGACUUCGUCAUUGUAUUAAAGGGCCAGAGCUACGGAGAUUUCGGGGCGAUACUUCAGAGAGGAGGAAGGAGAAGGCUGGGGCAGCCUUUGGCAGAUGCUCUGUCAGGAAAGCAGGCCAUCCGUUGGGGCUUGGCGUCCUUGGAAGGAGAAAGGCCCACCUUCACCGGAAGAUCACGCCUGGAUUUAGUGCUUGUGGGGG